AUGGGUGGAUAUGCUGCUGAAUACAUUCCUUUACUUAAAUUCAAUACAAUAAAAACAAUCGCAUUAAAUAUGAUUCGUCAAUUAGCAUUCCGUCAAACAACUGCUUUAAGAGCUGGUCUUGUACCAGCUACCAGAUACAUUAGUACUACUCCAGCUAGAUAUUCCAUCAUUGGUAGUGCUAAGGAAGUCUUGCAUAAGGCCAACAAGAAAAUAGGCGAAGUUGCUGCUGAAGGUAUUGAAAAGACACAACAUGCUCCAGACAGUGUUGGAAAUGUAGCAAAAAAGGUUAAUAAGAAGACUGGUGAAGUGCUCGCAGAAGGUAUCGAUAAGACACAAAAGGUCACUCCACACGGUGUUGGUGAUGCAGCACAUAAGGUCAAUAAAAAGACCGGUGAAGUGCUUGCUGAAGGUAUCGAUAAGACUCAAAAGGCCACUCCCAGCAAUAUAGGUGCAGAAGCAGAAAAAGUGGAUGGUGAAAUGGCAGAUGGUAUUAAGAAGAAGCAGCAGCAAGCUGAGGAAAAACUCCGUGUCUCGAAAAAUACUAAGGGAUACGAUAGUUUACAAGAUAAAGGUAGCAAGGCUGAGAGUGAACAAAACCGUCCAGACGAUGCUGUAUAA